UCCCAGGAAGGCUUCUGAGUUGGGCCCCCGAUAAGUCUGGACCUCCAACAGGGUAUAAGAGAAGAGAAGGUAGGGACCGACAUACUUCCCUGAGGCUAUGGUCACCAGCCCUGGAAAAGAUUCCAAAGGAACAAGUGGCAGUGAAGACAAGAGGCCAGAACUGACUUUCUCUCGGGAGUAAAAUCAAGAGAAGGGACUCUGAUACAAACGGCAUUAGAGAAAGCAGCCGGCCAACACCGAAACACCAGCGUCUCCUUGGAUAAAAGAAAAAGUCCAACUUGAUUUUGCUCUGGGCCAAGAUGGAUCAAGAUUCCCCUGCUAAGCCCAGAGAACACAAGGUCUCCAGCCAAAGAACAAGGUGGAAAAUACUCCUGCUCAUCCUCUGCCUGCUCCAUGGUUCAUCCAUGACCCCUCCACACAGACGACCCCAUUCUGGAGAGCUACGGGCUGGCUCUCCCCCUUCCAGGACUCCUCUCUGCACUAUGGAAGCACACAGGGCUUCAACACCCUCUUGCUGCUGGAAAAACUCCCUUACAGGUGCAAAUGCAUUGAAAGGCCCAAGGCUGGUAUCUGGGGAGCCGGGAGGAGCUGUCACCAUCCAUUGCCAUUAUGCCCCCUCCUCAGUCAACAGGCAUCAAAGAAAAUACUGGUGCCGCCUGGCGCCUCCAUCGUGGACCUGCUAUACCGUCGUGUCCACCAACCACUACACCCACCGUGACUACAGAGGGCGCGUGGCUCUCACUGACUUUCCACAGAGUGCUCUGUUCACGGUGAAGCUGUUCCGACUGUCCCGUAAUGACACGGGACUUUACCGCUGUGGUAUCGGGGACCGAAACGACAAGCUAUUCUUCAGGAUGAAUCUGACUGUGUCUCCAGGUCCUUUCAACACCACCUAUGCAGCAGUUCCAACUUCUGGUGAGCUCAUCACAGCAUCUUCUGGGAAAGGAUCUACAGCAGCCAACAGAUGGACCUCAGGAGUCACCCAGAUUCUAGAAGGCCAAGGCUCAGAAUUGGACAGAACAGCCCCAACUACAGCCAACAGAUGGACCCCAGGGGUCACCCGGAAUCUAGAAGGCCAGAAAUCAAAAUGGGUCUCAACAGCCCCAACUACAGCCAACAGUAAAAUCCCAGGGGUCACCCAGAUUCUAGGAAGCCAGAAAUCAGAAUGGGUCACAACAGCCCCAACUACAGCCAACAGAAGGACCCCAGAGGUCACUCAGAUUCUAGAAAGCCAAGGCUCAGAACUAGACAGAACAACCCCAACUACAGCCAACAGAAAAAUCCCAGGGGUCACUCAGAUUCUAGAAAGCCAAGGCUCAGAACUGGACAGAACAGCCCCAACUACAGCCAACAGAUGGACCCCAGAAGUCACCCAGAUUCUAGAAGGCCAAGGCUCAGAACUGGACAGAACAGCCCCAACUACAGUCAACAGACAGACCCCAGGGGUCACCCAGAUUCUAGAAAGCCAAGGCUCAACAUGGGACAGAAUAGCUCCAACUACAAGAAUAAGCAAAACUACGGUUUCAGCCCAUGGAAGAUCAACCCCAAGAAUAGCCAGGACAACAGCGCCAGGGAGAAGCAGCAGAGAGAAAGGCUCUACCGAUGCAACGAUCCCCACUCCAGAGAGUCCAGCUUCAAAAUCAAGGAACAUGUUCAGUACAACACAGGAUGCUUGGAUAUUGGGUGCUAGAAACUCAGUAACAACUAGCGCCAGCACCAGCGAGGGUGGGAGGACAGGUACAGUUCCAGAGACUGAAGGACCUCAGGGGGAAACAGAGGUCAGCACACCUCCAGGAGCACCCGGAAAGACGACAGGAACCACCAGGCCAUCAGUCCUGAUCUCAGAGCCUGUGACUUGGGAAACUCUCCAAGAAGCAACAGAGGACAAUUUGUCUAAGCGACGAUUGUUGUACUCUGCAGAAGAGCCAUCCCCAGCUCCAAGUGCAUGGACGUUGAAUGCUACACACAUGCAAGUGGCAUCUGGAAGCGUUGGUCGGAGCCUAGAAAACGCUGGUGGAGAAAGUAGCCCCCCAACACCAAGCCAACUUUCAUCCGGGGGCCUGAUGUGGACCCCUGGCAAGGGGUCAUCAAUGAAGAGUGUUUUUACAGAAGGAGAAAGCAACUCUUGGAUCCUGACUCCAGUCUCCAGUGUGCUGGCCCUGGUUCUGCUUGCGACUCUGGUCCUCUUGAAAAGGAGACUCUGGAGGACCUCUCAGAAGACCGAAAGGUCACCAAGGAUCACUCUGAUUCAGAUGACACAUUUCCUACCAGACAAGCUCUCCAAUGUGGGAAAGAGCUUGCAACAGGGUGACCAUCCUCCUGCCCAAGCCAACCUGACUGCCCUAGAGAAGGACUCAGGACCCUGAGGACGGAAAGAGAAACAGCUCAGUCACCACAGAAGAAAAACCAAAACCAGCUAUCUCCACAGCUUCUUCACUCCUUUCUCACCAUCAGCCACACAAACACUAGCUAACUAAGCUCAGCCUCCACCGAGGAUGCCAGCUCGGGCCUCAGAGGGUCAGGCACUCUCGGCAGCCAAAGGUGACAGACAGUGCAUUGACUCAAAGAAGGCUUCAAGAAAGGGCUUUGUGGUCUGGCUGGUUUUCAACAGCCCAUUUUCUUUUUCGAGAGAGGGAGGGAGGCAGGGGUGGAGGGAUGCAUGUAUACAGAAUCUCUUCAUUCCCGGCAGUGUGGAAAAGGAGAUUCUCCAUUCUGUUGCUGCCGCCCCUCUGGGUGCCCUUCUUUCCCUAUGCCUGUUAGCACGAAGCCUGCUGUCCACACUUAGCAGUAUUCUCAUAUGCCAGGCUUCCCUGAGCAAGCAUAGCCGUAGCUCCUUAAGGACAGUAAUUUUGUCUUAUCCAUUUCAGUACAUCUCCAGAGAGCUUGCAACUCGGUGGGACAGCCAGUUAAAGGCCCAUGCCUGUUUGGCCGGGGAUGCCAUGGGUUUGGUGGGCCCUGGGGAUCUACUUGGGUAAGAGGUAUGAAUCCCCCAACAGCCUCAAUCACUUUUGGUUGGGAGUGAUUUGGAUGACCACGUCAGUGGGUGGUUUCUACGUGAGACGGGAGGAAAGGACACCCGUCUGUCUCACCGUAUCUCCCCGUUUUGACACUGUCCGUGUCACACUGUCGAUCUUUGGUCAGGUCAAGAUUUUCCGGGAUUUUCCUAAACAAUGGGAGAAGAGGGUACUUUUCAUUAGGUUUUCACCUUCAUUCUCAAUCCCCUCUUGUUGCACUGUUUAUGAAUCUUUGCUAUCAAAGGCUAUGGGCAAAGCUGGAAAUGAUUUGGGAAAGAAGACAGAGGGACAGAGGAGAGGAAUUUUAUGUGGAUUCUGCCUUCUAACCUUAUCUGUCGGGGGAACUUUCGGCCCACUGUUGACCCCACCUUCUUUUCAGGAAUCAUAUCUGCUCUCUUUCUUUGCUGGGCGUGUUAGCAGGGGUCUGUAUUUGAGCAGUACAGGUAUUGAGCAACAGAAGCUUUGGGGAAAGAAAGUGCCAACGCCAAUUUAAAAGCUGUGACGUUGACAUUUCCAGAAGUUUCGACCUUGCUUUCUAAGCUGUCAGUGACAUCAAAGUCGUCCAGAAAUACCUCUUCAUGUCUGGUCAUGACCCCAGAUACUGAACCAAGGAAGUCCAAAGAGAUAUCCUCAGGGCUUCUGAGAGGCUUGUCUUAGGUAAGGGGGCAGGUUGAAUGCAGCUAGCCAAUCAGAAACCCAGAACUUCAGAGUUACAGAGACAUAAUCUAGAACAGCAGUUCUCAACCUGUGAGUCAUGACCCUUUCAUAGGAGAAUACUGUUGAUAUAUACCCUGCAGAUAUUAGAUAUCUCCUUUAUGAUUCAUAACAGUAGCAAAAUCAUGGUUAUGAAGCAGCAGCGACAAUAACUUUAUAGUUGGGGUCACCACAACAUGAUUAGCUGUAUUCCAGGAUCACAGACAUCAGGAAGGUUGAGAACCACUCACUGAUCUAGAGGGAAUCUGAGGCCCAGUGAAAGAAGUCCCUUGUUCGAAGUCACCAAGUCACCAGAUAAAUAAGAUAGUAAAAUCAGAACAAAGAUUAGAGACUGCGUGGCCCUGGCCUGGCGUCUUUGCCUUUCAUUCACCUCUUUCGUGUUAACUAAGAACUUGUCAAAAACCAAUGCAACCAUCGCUCCAGACUAUUUUCUGCCUGCUGUCCCACAGCCUGUCUGAGAAACCAGUAGGAGAGGCAGAAAAGUCACCACUGUCCCACCCCAAAUGAGCAAGCAGUUCUUCACAGGUACACAGCUGAGUCAAGAACACUUAGUUUAUUGAUGGCUGAGAUGCAUCAAAAACGCAGGCUGUCUGGUCUGUCUAACCUGUCAGUCUUUGCCAGGAACAUCCAUAGGCCAUCCGCUUCUUGGGAUGUUAAGAGGCAGUCAGAGGAAAUUAAGUCGUAGCUCAAAGAAGUUUGGGAAAUACUAAGCUAAUCAACAAAUUCUUAUAUGCAGAAUUUCUCAGAGCCUUAACUAUCCAACAGAACAUGGUGAAUUACUGAGAGUGGGUAUGCCACGUGCCUGGACUAUUGCGUUUGGCCAAGCAAUCUCACUGAACUGGGUCUCCUUAGAUCAUUCAUUAUGGAAGCCAAUACGUUAGACCAAGACAUGGCCAACUUCUCCUCUAAAGGCCUCAUAGCAAACACCUUAGAUUUGGCAAUGAGGCACCCACUCAGCUCCACCUCUGCAGCCACAAAGGGUACACAGACCACUGGCUAGCCUUUGUUCCAGCAAAACUCUCACAGAAACGGGAAGCUGCAUUUGGCUUUUAACCAUGUCAAAUAAUUCUCAGUACCUGCUUUAAGUUGUCGACUACACAAGACUGUUAGAUACAUACGUAUCUGACCUGAUCAGAUCUGUCUCCUCAGGAGUUUCCUGCCACCCCUUGCUAGGCCUUCUCCUUUCUCUGAACUGCUCUGAUACUCUUUGUCCUGAACCAGGUAGCUAUGGUAUCCUAAACAUCUUAGUAGAAGACAGAGAAUGAGGGUCAAGGAGUCCCCCCCCCCCCCCCCCCCGCAGUCAAGUGCUGGGGCCAGGGAAGCUUCCAGGAGUACUGGUGUUCUAGAGGAACCUGAUAUCCACCAGGAGGAGUUGCCAAGAGUCAGACUGGGCCCUAGUGUUUGGAGAGAGUAGGGAGAAGAUCUGGGCAGAUGCCUCAGAGAAGGAAGUGGGAGAGCCCAGGGUUUAUAGCUCUCCUUUAUGGCCCAACGGAUUCCACAAAUGGGGCAGGCUGUGCUUAAAGGGCCAGAGACAAAACAGAGCGCCCACUAGCGCCAUGCCAGCCCCACCAGCGCCAUGCCAGCUCCACUAGCACCAUGCUCCUGCCGCUGAAGGGAGGGUCGGGGAGCACGUCCUUACUGUGCUAGAAUCAGAGGCACCUCCACUCCAGGGUUCAGGGUUCCCGCUGGUUUUUACAAAGCAAAACAGCAGGGCACAGUCCUCAAAUGCUCUUUCUCUUUCUACUUAUUAAUUAAUGUAGUUAACUUCUCAUUCACAUGUUACCACACAGCUCAUUCUGUGUGCACUAGAUGCAAUAUUUCUGAAAGCUAAUUAUGGCCGUUCUCGUUUUAUGGAUGAGGAAAACUGACAUUCAGGGGAAACAUCUCAUACUUCCAAGGGAAAAGUAAGCUGGGACAUGUGUCCUACCAGCAGUCUCUGUCCUUGAUCACUACUACUUUGUCCCCCAUCUUGAUUAUAUUUAUUAAUAGCUGUAAAUAGAAGACGGUAAAGAAACCACUGAAAUGACUGCUUCACGGUUAGGGACAAGGUUUUUAUUGUGAUGAGAGAGAGAGAACAUUCUGAGGCACCUGGAAGACUCCAGAGGCGAGAGAAAGAAGCAGACAGUACAUGAGCAGGGCUAGGGAAGCAGGACCAGCAGAGAAGAGAGAGAAAGAAUAGUGACUAUAGCACACUUCGGGGCAGGGAGGGGAAACCCUUGCCCUUAUAUACAGGACAAACCGGUAUGGGGAGGAGGGAAGUUUGUGAACACACAGCCUUGGGCUAGCAUAGUGGAGGAGGAGUGGGGGAAGUGAGAAAGGACAGGAGGCUAGCACAGACUUUGAAAUGUACAACAUUUUCAUGAAGAGACUAAAGCCCAAGUCAGCAUGGGCUUUCGGAUACACCAUAGGCAUGUGUCAGUAGGAAGCCAGAUGCCUCAGCUACCAGUGGGAAGGGAGUAGGGAUGUAUCUCUUUCUGGUUGACAGAAACCCUCUCAGGGGUUCCUGAGGAAUGCUGGCAGUAUCCUUCAGCUGCGCCAAGAUCGUCAUUUCUGGACACCUUCACUGCCUUUUGGGGUUUGGGGAAUUGGGGUUUCCUUUACCUGCAAUAACCUUGUCUUCUGGCCAGGCCUUUCCCUACUUAGAGUUUCGGGGGGUGCUUGUUUCUCUCCUUGAGACUCUUGUGUGGCAAGUUACAUGAUCACUUCCAGUCACUGGUUCUCUUUAAUCACUAACUGGUUUAUUUUUGUCUAAACUUAGUGGGAUGUGGGGUGGGGGAGUUCACCAAGCCAGACUGAGAGCUGAAACUUCAGCCCUGGGGUACGUGCUGGCAUCUAGACAAAUGGAGCUCAGAUGUCAAAGUGUAAGCGCGCAAGGUGUAAGUGUGUAAGAGUGUCCAUGUAUCCCAGGUCACCAGGUUUAAACGCUUCUCACUGCACUCUACUGAGAGACUAGGAGUAAAACAGACUCUCUGACAAGCAGGCAGAAAGAGAGAGAGGCCAUGACUGGGUAAUAAAGGUGGCAGAUCUCCAAGCUUCGUCCUCACACUCCUGACUUGAGACUAAAGCCCGGUGACUUCAAACAAAGGCUUUGUGAGCUUUUGUCUCCCACCAGCAGACCACUUGCUGGCAGUCUGGCCUACUCGGGAUGUGUCACAAUAGUUCUGGGCCAAUCAACAGUCCUUGCUUUUGUCAAACCAACCAACCCUAAAUUAAGGGAGGAAAAAUCUUGACAGGGUUUUAAACCCCAGUCCCUCAGAAGAGAUUGGAGCUGUCAGCUUUCCCAGAUCCCCUUUGGCUUCGCUGAGGGUCCUUUUCUGGGUGUCUGCUGCACGCGUGUGUUUCCUCACCUCCAAUAAAUGCCUUUUGUCAACUGUCA